CCUCCUGCCCGUAGUAGCCAUGGCGGCCAUGAGUUUGUUGCGGCGGGUUUCGGUUACUGCGGUGGCAGCUCUGUCUGGCCGCCCCCUUGGCACUCGCCUCGGAUUUGGGGGCUUCCUCACUCGUGGCUUUCCGAAGGCUGCUGGUCAAGCUGAACUAGCAGAAAUUCCAGAAGGCUAUGUCCCAGAACACUGGGAAUAUUAUAAGCAUCCCAUAUCGAGAUGGAUUGCCCGUAAUUUCUAUGAUAGUCCUGAAAAGAUAUAUGAAAGAACAAUGGCUGUCCUUCAGAUUGAAGCUGAAAAGGCUGAAUUACGGGUAAAGGAGCUGGAAGUACGAAAAUUGAUGCAUGUGAGAGGAGAUGGACCCUGGUAUUACUAUGAGACAAUUGACAAGGAACUUAUUGAUCAUUCUCCGAAAGCAACUCCUGACAAUUAAGCAUUUUUUUCUCCAAAUACAAAGUAUAUUCUCUUUAUUGGAAAAUAAAUUAAUAAAUAUAUUCUGUAUUUUUGCUCUCCGUGAAAAACAAAAGAGCUUCUGACAUUACUGUCUCUCAGUGUUGGUUCACAUUGAGGCUUUUGUUUGAGGAGUUUGGCUUCCAGUCCCCAAAGAAGGUUUAAAAUGUACUAAUAAAAACUGGAGAAAUAGGAAUUUGUGAACUCCUAAAAUUGUAGCAACUUUGAAAGGUUGGUGUUUUAUGUACCUGACAAAUGGAAGUUAUAGAAAAGAAGUCUAAUAAUGUUAAGCACCAGUAAUUAUAGUAUUUUGUACAAAUGCCUGUACUGUAGAUGUCUGUAUUAUUGAGGGGCAACUCAGGAUUUUAAGUUCCAUAAAGUAUUGAACCAACUCUAAAAUGUUAACUCCUUAAUAAACAGAUUCUCAGUAAACAAAUUUUAAAGUUUAUAA